AAACUGUGCUGUGUCCGAAUAGGGCAAGUAGUCCACCAUUUUCUAGAACCGAUACCAGUUAGACCCACAUGCCAAGCCUCCGACGCUCUCCGCAAUCGGAAGCUUUCUAGCCGAAGCGUUGAGCCUGACACUAAUCCAGCGGACCAUGGAUUGUCCCGAAUGCCUCAUUUCGUGCUUGACGGAUUUCCCGUCCUCAUAUUUGACGGCAACCAACAAACCAGCAAACCAUUUCCCCACUCUCUCUGUCUUCCUCCCUUCCCUAUUAUCACGGAAACCAUCAAUUCCGCCGUGGCUCCACCUGUCCUCCACUGCUCUUUCUUUUGCAGUCGACCAGAAGCUCGAAAUCCGAUCAAACACUGGACAAGGUAGCAGGUAGCCCUGAACCCGUAAUACAAUCGCUGCCCUAUUCCCCAUUCCGACGGGAUGCCUUGCUGACACGCUCGCUUCGUUAGAUUUUUGACCCGGAGCUGUAGCGAAUAACUACAGUUGUUCCCUGCACAUUCCUUCAUUUCCCCCCUGGUUCAUUGUUUGUACUGUUACGGAGAUUCAACGCGCAACCCCGAUAGCCACAAUCAUGACCGACGUUGCUACUGCUGUUCCUAGCGUUGUUCCCGAAUCGGAGAAGCCCUCUUCUCCAACAAUCACCCAAGUAGACCCCACACCUGCUGCAUUAUCGCCCGCGUCGGUGCACCCCGACCCCGCCAUUAUCGCACAGGAGCAACAGACCGGAAAGAAAUUCGGCUUGUUCACCGAGGCGCUCCCCGAAUCGAAGCCCGAACCAGAGGUUCCCCUGAAGCCGGAUCAACAGGAGAAAUAUGCGGGAAUCCUCGCUUGGGCGCAAGCCCUCGGUCCAAUUCCUGUAUCGUCUGAGAAGGGAGCUGCUGCCAGGGAGAUGGAUGAUGAAGAGAAGAUGUGGUUGACCAGGGAGUGCUUCUUGCGCUAUCUGCGUGCCACAAAGUGGAAUACCGCCGACGUGAAGAGGCGUUUGGAGGCCACCCUUGUCUGGAGGCGGGAGUACGGGGUUCUCGAUCACACGCCCGAGUACAUUGAGAUUGAGAACCAGACCGGCAAGCAGUACGUUCUUGGCUUUGAUAGGAAUGGACGCCCAUGCCUCUAUCUUAAUCCCGCUAAGCAGAAUACCGAGAAGGGUCCGAGGCAGAUUCAACAUUUGGUAUUUAUGCUUGAGAGAGUGGUAGACCUAAUGGGGCCUGGACAGGAUACCUUGGCAUUGCUGGUGGAUUUUGCAGCCUCGACUACUAGUAGUAAUCCGAGCAUUGCUCAAAGCCGGCAGGUAUUGAACAUCCUCCAAGGACAUUAUCCCGAGAGGCUGGGGAGAUCAUUGGUUACCAAUCGUGAGUCAUCUUUGCUAUUAUAAUAGGUUACGAUUCCACUUUUGACUGAUGGGUAUUCAAUUUCAGUUCCGUGGUUUGUUCAUGGCUUCUUUAAGAUCAUAAAUCCGUUUAUAGACCCCCUGGUGAUAUCUCCUUGCUGCAUUUCACAUCGCCCAAGUGCUGACAUCCCUCCAUAGACCCGAGCCAAGCUCAAGUUCAACGAAGACAUGACUCUGCAUGUUCCCGCCGGUCAACUUGACAAGAAGUUUGGCGGAGAGUGCGACUUCGAGUACGACCAUUCAAUCUGGUGGCCCGAGUUCAUUCGCAUCACUGGGGAACGCAGAGCACUCUAUACCGCCCGAUGGAAGGAGCUGGGCUCCAAGAUUGGGGCAAGCGAGUUGGAACUCAAGGGUGGUAGUUUGCAGGAUCCAAUCGCAGAGGCCUCUGCGGCGGUCGAGAAGCUGGAGGUGAAUUAGACUCCGAAUUUGUUUUACUAUAGAGUUGGAUAUGAUGGUCUUUUACUCCUUAGCAAUUCCCUGGCACUUUGCACUUUUCCCCUCUUCCCCACAGUAUGAUACCUAACUGUCAAACCAUUGUUUGGGAGGCGAAUGCUGUGUGCUAUAAAUUACGGAUUGUAAUAUUUUUUUUUCUUCACAUUUUUCGGAGCCGCGUUCGUUCGUUCGUGAUCGGUUGAUAAAAAAACGUGUUUACUUGUGUAUUUAGAUGAGAAAAAAAAAAAUAGUGUUAUUAC